ACAAUGACAGUAAUUGUCUUAUUCUCCUAAGGCUCGAACUCUGUGACUUGAUAAAAAAAUGAAGAUAUGAUCAUCAAAAUCAAUUUCGAAAUUCCGGCUACGUUUACUGUGACCAACAAUUAAAAGACACAAAAUUAAGCUUAUUAAUAUUUUUCUUUCAAGGAAAUGUCUCUAUACGUAAUAUAACACUUUUCGGAAAUAAACAUCAAAAUGGUCUACGAGUCUAUACCUCGUACAGUUCGGAUUCUUCUAUUAGGCGAACCCGGAGUGGGUAAAACAUCACUUAUACUCUCCUUAGUGACUGAAGAAUUUACUGAACAUGUGCCGCCGAAGGCUGAGGAAAUUACAAUUCCUGCAGACGUUACGCCGGAGCAAGUACCAACCAACAUUAUAGAUAUAUGCGUUGCUGAACAAACAAUUGAGCAAGUGGCAGAAGAAAUAGAGAGGGCUCAUGUAAUAUGCAUAGUUUUUUCAGUGGAUAGGCAAGACACACUGAACAAAGUAGCUUCUUAUUGGUUGCCAUUUGUUCGAGAAAAUUGCUCUGAUGAAUACAGGAAGCCUGUUAUUCUUGUUGGCAACAAGAUUGAUCUAAUUGACUAUUCUGUAAUUGAUAAUAUUUGGGAUAUAGCAGAAGAAUAUCCUGAGGUUGACAGAUGUAUUGAAUGUUCUGCAAAAUCACUGAUAAACGUCUCUGAGAUGUUCUACAAUGCCCAAAAGGCUGUCUUGCAUCCAAUUAAUCCUAUUUAUUGUAUUGAAGAACAAGAACUAACAGAAAAGUGCAAAAGAGCUUUAACAAGAAUAUUUAAGAUCUGCGAUUUAGAUGGUGAUGGUGUUCUAGAUGAUUAUGAAGUUACAAUGUUUCAAAGGAAAUGUUUUGAUUCACCUUUGCAAUUACAGGUUUUAGAUGAAGUAAAAUCAGUUAUUGCUCAGAACAUUGCCGGUGGAAUAGAAAAUGAUUGUAUAACAAUAAAAGGAUUUAUAUUCUUGCAUUGCUUAUUUAUUCAAAGAGGUAGAAAUGAAACCACAUGGACAGUGCUUCGUAAGUUUGGCUAUGAGGAGAGCUUGGAGUUAACUCACAGUUAUUUGUACGCUAAUAUUAAGAUACCAGUAGGCUGCACAUCUGAACUAUCAUACAAAGGUCAACAAUUUUUAACACAAUUGUUUGAGAAGUAUGACAAAGAUAAAGAUGGCAUGUUGAAUCCCACUGAACUUAAAAAUGUUUUCUCUUGCUGCCCUAGAAUACCAUGGCAUAAUUUGAGAUAUACUGUUCCUACAAAUGACAAGGGUUACUUAACUUUACAAGGAUGGAUGUGUCGCUGGACUCUAAUGACAUUACUUGAUUUACAGAAUACUAGUGCCUACCUUGCUUAUUUAGGCUUUAAUUUUCUAGAAAAUGAUACUCAAAAAAGUGCCAUUCAUAUAACUCGGGAAAAGAAAGUCGAUAUUGCCAAAAAGCAAUCGAGUCGUAAUGUCUACCAAUGCCACGUUAUCGGUCCAAGGUCAUGCGGUAAAACCUCCAUAUGUCGAAGCUUUCUUGGCAUAGCACAUAAGAAAAUAAAGCCACACGCCAAUGAACGAGGUGACAGCAAUUUAUCAGAGAAUUGUUGUAUAAAUACUGUGUUGGUAUAUGGUCAAGAAAAGUACUUAGUAUUAAAAGAGAUACCAAUUACACGUGUCUCAGAUCCACUUCAGCCUCAUGAAGUCAAUUGUGAUGUUGCUUGUCUUGUGUAUGAUGUUGCUGCCAGUCGAUCCUUUGAAUAUAUCGCCAGGAUAUACAUUAAAUAUUUUGCAGAAAGUCAUAUUCCCGUGUUAAUAGUUGGAACAAAAGGUGAUGCAAUGAUUGCAAGACAAGAGUACAUUUUACAGCCAGAUGUGUUCUGCAAUAAAUACCAACUACUGCCACCACAGUUGUUCAACAUCAGAGAAAAUAAACAUGAUGUGUUCGUCAAACUUGCUACAAUGGCUGCAUUUCCACAUUUGAAGCACUUUGCGAGCCUUACGGGGGACAACUCGUCAUGGUGGAAAGCGGGAAUUGGAGUUGCGGCUGCCACUGUCGUUGGUCUCGUCCUUAUUAAGAUGUUUAGCUUUCAGAAACGUUAGUUAGUGAAAUACCGCUGCAGCUAAUUUUUAUUUAUUGUACAUAAAUAAUGUUAUGUAUUAAAAAUAGUAUUGAAUUACAUGAGAAAAUUAUUUAUACUUAGACCAAAGAUAAAUCCUUGAAUACGAAUACGUAUAUUUUGUUUUCAGUUGUAAAUAAAACAUUUAAUUGCA